GGGUCACUGCCCAGUGCAGUAGCCCUUGAGGCGUCGCCAAAAACCGACCGCCUGUUGGAGUUGACACUGAUGGAUCGAAGGUUUCCGGUCGCCAUUUUCAGCCUAGCUUUUCUUCUGCAAAUUCUCUCAGUCUGCUCUCUUGAAUACCAGAGACUUCACUUCUGUGACCCGACAUUCUGUAUGUCCGAUCUUCCUGAGAUCCCCUGGAUUGCUUUGGGAGAGGUUUGGAGCAAAGAGGUAACGCUGUCAGGGACAGCAGCACUAGUUCACCAGCGGACCAUGUUUUUGCCCAGGGUACUGUGGAUUCCCAACCUUCACUACCAACCCACACAGCACACACACACACAGCACAGGCAGGACAGUAGAGACGGCAAUGUUGUGAGCAGUACAAGUGUCAGGAAGAGAAAAAGGUCGGCCAAGUUAAAGAAUCUUGCUUUGCCUGUCUGUGAAAAGACUGAUGUGCCUUCAGGACUUAAGAAUAUCAGGGAAGGCGAUGCUGCGAGCAGUACAAGUGUCAGGAAGAGAAAAGGGAGGCAAAAAAGGUUGACUGAGUUUAAGCUUCCUGCUUUGCCUGUCUGUGAAAAGGCUGAUGUUCCUUCAGGACCAAAGUGCAGUAGAGAAGGCAAUGUGAGCAGUACAAGUGGUAUUCCUCCUGAUGUUGAGACAUCAGGAAACGAUAUACCACAUGACCACUCUUGCAGUGAUGACCAGUCAGGAAGUAAAGACGUUGACACUUCAGAUCAUGCAGCAAAGGAAGAAAAGGACCCACCGACAGAACAGAUUGGGUGUCAUAAAAGGAAUUUUACAGUCAUCAUCAACAAGCCAUACAUUGAUGUCAUGUCCAAGGCACAAAAAUCUCCAUUAAUAAGCCCUCAGUUGGAGAAAACAAGGCAAUGCAUUAAGAAACGAGUCCAUUACACUCCAAAGAUGAGGGGACGGCACGUGGCAAGUCCUUGGCGCAAACUCCAUGGGCAACAGAAAAUGUACCAAAGCAAUAAGUGCACGUUAUCAGCACGGUUUUCUAAACUGACGGGCAGAAACAUACCAAAGGAGCAGACUGUAGCCAACAACUCUCCAGGAAAGAUGUUUGCAAGCAGUAAACCUAUUCCUCCAGUGCAUGAGUGGCUGAGUAGCUUCUUUGGAGUGAGUAACAGCUCUGGCAAUGGAUAUGGACAUUCUAGUACCACAGAUGAUGACGAUAGCUUUGUGCAGCUCCGGUGCAUGCUGGGCAGUGUUGAUCAGCUGAAGGCUGGCAAUGAGGGCAGUCUAAAUGAGGAUGUUGGUGAUGUGAAGGAUUUACACGUGGAGAAUGGUGUUCACACAGACACUGGUGAAACAACCAAUGAUGAUAGCUUUGUGAAGCUUCGAUCCAUGCUCAGAGCUCAUCGGAUUGGCAGUGUUGAACAAUUGAAGGCUGGUAAUGGGAACAGUCUAAAUGAUGAGGAUGGUGAUGUAAGGGAUUUACACAUGGAGAAUGGUGUUCACAUGGACACUGGUGUAACAGCAAAUGAUGACGAUAGCUUUGUGAAGCUUCGAUCCAUGCUGAGAACUCAUCGGAUUGGCAAUGUUGAUCAGCUGAAGGCUGGUAAUGGGGGUGACCUAGAUGAGGAUGAUGGUGAUGUAAGGGAUUUACACGUGGAGAAUGGUGUUCACAUGGACACUGGUGGAACAGCAAAUGAUGACAAUAUCUUUGUGAAGCUUCAAGCCAUGCUGGGUAAUGUUGAUCAACUGAAGGCUGACGAUGAGGGCAGUCUAAAUGAGGAUGAUGGUGAUGCAAGGGAUUUACACGUGGAGAGUGUUGUUCAGAUACACACUGGUGUAACAGCAAUUGAUGACGAUAGCUUUGUGAAGCUUCGAUCCAUGCUGAGAGCUCUUCAGACAGGCAAUGUUGAUCAGCUGAAGGCAGGCAAUGGGGGUGACCUAGAGGAUGAUGAUGAUGGUGAUGUAAAGGAUUUCCAUCUGGAGAAUGGUAGCAGUGAGGAGCAUGAUGAUGAGUAUGAUGAUAAUGUGUUUGAACAACAGUUGGAGAUGCAGGAAAAUGACAUGGACAUGUCAUGCACAGAGGAGUCCUUGCAGAUGCAUAUCACUGAGGCUGAGGUCAGAGUUGUUGAACUAAAUGAUGAAAAGAAACCUCCAAAGAAUGUUUGCAAGGACACUUACGCCAAUUUGAGCACAAGUAUGAAACAUACUGAAAACAACCACAACAAUAACAAGGUGGAAAAUGCGGGUGGAAGUUCCAGUCCACAGGUGGAGAGCUGGCUCCAGGCAACAUACAAAAGAGGGAAGAAUGUGAAACUCAGUGAGGAGGAAAUCCCAACAGGCUGUGAGGAGGAUGUGGAGCUCAUUGACUGGAAACAGCUCCUGUGUCUGCUCUGCAGGAGAAGGUUUAACUGCAAGGGGGAGCUCCUGAGACACCAACAGUUCUCCAAUCUGCACCAGUCCAACCUGGAGGUGAAGAGAAGGGCACUUGAGGAGGAGCUGAAGGAUUUGGAGAUGGAGCUAGAGCCUUCAUCAUCCUCAUCAAUCUUCCCCAAUGCAUAAAACAGCAAGAAUGGUAAAGAUUGGCAAGCAGUUCAACAGAGGAAGCAAGUGGUUGCACCUGUUGAUGGGGUUGUCUGGAAAGCUACAUGUAGGUUUAGAAAUUGAUAGAAUUUAACCCUAUUAAUCACUUACAAUGUUCACUUCUUUUGUGUCAAGUUAAGAUUUUUUUAAAUUCCUAUCUGCCUGUCCAGUCUUAUUAUUACCAUGGCCAAGAAUGUUAUGUUUUUGCUGUUUGUGUGUUAGUCUGUCUCUCAGCAUAGAACAGCAUAACUGGAGAUCCAUGCAUCAUAACUAGCAGAUAUUGGUAAAUCUAACAUUCAAUUCUAAGAGUUAGAUGAGCUGAAUAUAGUGUCUUAUUCUAAAGGGCCCUUGCACUGGAAAUUUUGAAAACUGGUCAGUAUGUAGUUUUAGUAGAUUGUAAAACUUGUUGAUUUAUAGUUACAUUCCAUUUUGAUUCAUAUUUAGCAUUGUAUAUAGCAUGUAGCAUUACAUUAUUAUAAGUAUUUGUUAUGUCCUUACAUAUCCGUACCUUGCAAUGUAGUCUCUACUUUGAUUGAUAAAGAGUAAUAUUUAUUAAUGGCAUGCCGGCUUACCUUAUUUAUACUUCUGUAGGUAGAACUGAUUUCUUCUGCCAGUUCAUUUAAGUGAUGCUGGAGAAGGUGUUGGAUGCCAAACUAAACGUCAGAAAGUAAUCACUAACUUUUAUCCAACUAAAGAUUGAAUAUUUGUCUUGAAAUAUUGUUUAGCUGGAUGUGUAACCUUCAUAAAGGUACAUUUUUAUACCUUCUUGUUCACUGAAAAAACACUGGCCCCUGCCAUGUGGAGGCCGAUCUUUAUUAGACUUAAACUGAGUUCUAGCCAACUAUAACUAAUAAAUCUUACGUUAUCAUUAUAGAAA